AGCAGUCUCUGCACUUAGUAGAAAACGAAAUCCAAGCAAGCAUUGACCAGAUAUUCAGCCAUCUAGAACGUCUGGAGAUUCUGUCCAGCAAGGAGCCCCCGAACAAAAGACAGAAUGCCAAACUUCGUGUUGACCAGUUAAAGUAUGAUGUCCAGCACCUGCAGACUGCUCUCAGAAACUUCCAGCAUCGGCGAUACGCAAGGGAGCAGCAGGAGAGACAGCGAGAGGAACUUCUGUCUCGAACCUUCACCGCUAACAUUCCUCAGGUGCUCAGAGGAGACCAGCAGCACGUCUGGGAGAUCCUCGGGACCACAGGCCCUCAGCUGCACCUUCUCCCCUCUGAAGAUGAUGAGGACGCUACUGAUGUCCUUGGUCAGCUGCCUCGUUGCCAUAAAUGAGGCCAAGCUCAUCAAUCGCUGUGACUUGGCCAGAGUGCUGCACAAGGAGGAUCUGGAUGGGUUUGAGGGCUACUCCCUGAGUGACUGGCUGUGCCUGGCUUUUGUGGAGAGCAACUUCAACCUGUCAAAGGUAAAUGAAAAUGCAGAUGGCAGCUUCGACUAUGGCAUCUUCCAGAUCAACAGCCACUACUGGUGCAAUGAUUACAAGAGUCACUCGGAAAACAUUUGCCACGAGGACUGCAAAGGUCUGGCCGGGGUCUCAGGGUGGGAGAGAACUGCUGAGCCCCGAUCUUCUCUCAACCAUCAACUGUGUGAAAAAGAUGGUGUCUGGAGCAGGGGGAAUGAAGAACUGGAACACCAUGCAGAAGAGACGCUGACGGCUAUUAGGGAUGACCCUCUCUGGAGGGAGAGUCGAUAGUUGCCCCUGAGAUUGACGGAUUGGUUAUUUAUGGUGGCAUGGAGGUUGCACUGUGCCGGCCGGCCACUCUCCUACUGGAUGACGGGGUGUCACAAGGAAUGAGACAGGCGUGGAGUCCUUCCAGCGUUCCUCUUCUCGCCUGGGGAUUCUUCAUGCCUUCUUCCUCUUGCCUCCACUUCACGUGAUUUUCUUUCCUUCCCAUGUUCAAAAAGGACUGACCGGAGCCCCAGGAAUAAAUGGGUUUCUAGGGCUUUCUCCUUGUACCCAUCCAGGCCCAGGCCCCUGGUUCCUGACUGUCAUUCGCAAACCAAGAGAGGACCACAGUGAAGAAGUUGUUCUAUUUGGGGAAUUGUUAAAGCAUUCCUUGUGCAAA